GCCCACUAGGGGAGACCGGAAGAGAGUAGCCUUUCACAUGCGCGCGAUGCUGCACGCGCAACCAGGCCGUGUGAGUGCGGAACCUUCACACGGACGAGCCACAUUUGGUGGGGGCUCAAAUGUGUCUUGUUCCAGGGUGGUCAGUGAGGGUCUGUCUGCUACCGCUACAAAACCAAGUGGGCGCUGGGCUCACGAUGUAGCACCACUAGCCCGGUUUUCCUUUUCGAGGACACAAGAUUUCCACAUUAGCAAAAUAAGCAAAGAAGAAGAAGCAUCUGUCAUUCAUGUCAGCUGUGCAAGAUGAGUACAGACAGACCCAAACGGAAUAUCAUCAAGAAGAAAUAUGACAUCAGUGAUGGAAUGCCUUGGUGUGAAGAGCGUCUGGUGCGCAAAGUUCUUUUCCUCUCCCUCAGGGAAUUCCGAGACACACGCCGUGCCACACACGGACACUUACCUGCACACGGGCACAAACGCAAGCAUGUAUCGAAAGCAACACUUUCACAUGAACCACAAAAGUCAAUUCAAAAGCCCCAGCAACAAAGAGUCUCACACAGACUGCAAAAUAUGCAGAAAAAAACCCACAGUCUGGAAAAAGCUCAAGUUAAGACAAAACAGCAUCGUGAUCAUGCCAACAAAGUGCAAAAAUCAAACUUGUCUCAGGAUACGCAUUCACGGAAAAGUAAAAAUACUCAUGCAGAACAGGGCAUGCACCCACAACGAAAAAUGUGCCGAGAAAAAACUGCGCAGCACACCAGCUUUCAAGAACAUUCAACCAGGACGUUACGGUCACAUAAAACGUCAAAGUCAUCAUCCAUGUCCAAAUACACAAACACCACGAAAGAACCACAGCGAACUCAGCACAAGAAUUCGGUUGAAAAUACUAGGCCACCCAAGAAUGUGCGACCACUCGUGAGGACUCCUGUUGCAGCCAGGAAACAGACGUCACACUCUCCCAAAGGCAUCAGGGGUUCCCUGGUCAAUGGCACCGGUCAGUGUCUGUCCUUGCUGUCAGGCAGCUCCAGCUGGAGUUGGUCCUUAAAGGCACGCGCGAAGCGCCACCCUGUCAGCCUCUUUUGUGACAACGAUGACCCACAUAGCGGAAGGCCGAGGUUGCAAGCGCAGAGAAAAUUUGCCCAGUCUCCACCCAGCUCUCCUGGUCCACCACCGACAUCAACACAGUGUAGGCACAACCCCAGCCUGGCAGUCGUCACAAGUCUCACCAGGUGUCGACCAAAAACUGAGGACUUCUUAUCAUUUCUCUGCCUCAGAGGUUCAACAGCAUUGCCAAGAAACAUGAUCUUGAGUGGACGGGAUUUUAAUUCACGUCUUUCCACACGCCCCCAGACUGUCGCUGAUAGGAAGAACACGAUCACACACGCAGUGCGUCCAGACUGUAGGUCUCUGAACUUUGGAGGCCCUGACUCCACGGAAGGCAGCUCCCUCUGCCAUCUAACUGCUCCGGCACAAAGGAGAAGGGAAAGAGUGAGGAAGGAGGAGGCAGGACAGAGGAUUAAGAAUGAAUGUAUGGAAGCUGGCAGGCGAGAUGAAGUUUCAAAACACCACCUGAGACCUAGACACUUCUCCAUACAGCUCAGAAGGAAUAAAAAGGUCUCCAAGGUUUCCAGAGUUUCUGACCAAAGCACCUCCUUUGUCAGAUCUGUUUCAACAUUGAAACCUAAGGCAGGGGGUGGCGGCCAGCGAUCUCCAAGGCCCAGCAAUACCUGUAAAUUAAGGGGCCACUCCAAUAACCGACCAGAAGUCAAGAGCAAUCACCUCUCCCAACACAGCAACCACCAACUGCCUCACAAACAAUGCCUAACAGUUUGUAAGUUCUACAGAAACCCCAAGACUCAUCGAGGUCUUCAGAACUCAGGAAAAAACCAAGCAGUGCACCAGCUCAAAUGCCAUUGACUACUAACUUAGCCACCAGACAGCUCAGCGAGACCGCUGGGGUUGUGAGGUUGUCUCGAAGAAAAAGAGGCCUCCCACCAGACGGUAAUCCAAGUCCUGCCAAUCAUUUUUCUACCGACAAUCCAUUCAAGAAGUGCAGUAUGCAACAGUCCAAUGGGAAUGUCCGACUGGAUAAUGACUACUAUAACGGUGAAAUGGAGGCUAACUAUAAGGAAGAUGUUCAAGUAAAACAUGCUGUCCAAAAGGUACGAAGCGCUGGUAGCCUUGAUGCAGAGCUUAUACAAGACGCAGGUAUCGGCGAGGUGAAAUUAAUGAGGGACAGAGAUGCAACUGAGGACACACCGAACAGUGUUAAUGUGGGAGAGUUUGGCUCGUCAGCAAGCAUCACUACUCUUGAGGUCAAAGAUAAAUCUGACCUUGGUCCAGUCAGUGAGGUCAUGUGCAGAAAUGUGAGAGAAAAACGGCUCCAGAGGAAUUUGACAGUGGGGUCCGCUCCAAUCUCCAAAACAAUUCCUAGGAUUACCGUUAUCAGAGCUGCGGGACACACUCCUGUUCCUAAAGCUCUACUCAACUCAGUGACAUCACCCUACGGACAUAGCAAGCCACCAGCCAAUAAUUCUGCCAAACACGGUCCAAAGGGAACGAAAAAAGGUGCUAGCAAAGACAUUGUCUCAUUCAUUUCACCAGCCAGCAGCUGCUUUGUCGAUGAUUCCAAAUGUGAAUCAUCCAAAGGCUGGACUGAUGACUCGACAAAGGAUGGUAGCUAUUCUGUCACUUCCAAGGGCUCUACAAAAUGUCUUAGGCAGAUCAAAUCUACUACCUCAACAGUUAAAACGAGGAGCAGUCCUAGAAUCCUUCUCAAGCACUAACAAACACCUGAUCUGUGGCUCAACGUGUUUACAGAUUCACUGUUUACUCUGUUAAGAUUUAAUGUCAUGGAAAUGAUAAGUAUGUAAUGUACACCCACAGCAUCUAAUGAUCCCCCCCCCAAAAAAAUAUAUCUUUAUCUUUUAGCCAUGGGUUGUCUAUACCGCUUAUCCUUGUUAGACUCCCGGGUGAACUGGCGCCUAUCCCACCUGACUUUUGGUGGGAUGCGGGCUACACCCUGAACUGGUUCCAGCGAAUCGCAGGGCACCCAACCGUUAGAGUCGUCAAGUAACUUUACGUGCAUUUUGGAGGAAUGUGCAACGAAGUUGGAAGACCAUGAGAAAACCCACACAAGCGGGAAGAACAAACAGCAAACUCCCAACAAGAAGGCCAGAGCUGAGAUUCGAACUUUGAACCUCAGAGCUGUGUGGCAGGAGUGCUAAAACCUAACCCCCACCGUGCUGCCCAUGAACUAAUAUAUUUACGUAAUGUUAUAAAAUAUAGGAUUACUUCACUAAUUCCUUUUAUUAACAAAAAAUACAAUUUCAAAUCGUGCCUCUGGAUUGGCAGACCGGGGUGGUAGUCCCUCUUUUUAAAAAGGGGGACCGGAGGGUGUGUUCCAACUACAGAGGGAUCACACUCCUCAGCCUCCCUGGUAAGGUCUAUUCAGGGGUGCUGGAGAGGAGGGUCCGUCAGGAAGUCGAGCCUCAGAUUGAGGAGGAGCAGUGUGGUUUUCGUCCCGGCCGUGGAACAGUGGACCAGCUCUACACCCUUAGCAG